AUGCCAAAGAUGCUCUCUGGUAAAGGAUACUGCACACAACCAACAUGUUUUCCCGUGUUGGGCGCUCCACCCAUUCAUGUUUUUCUAUGCAAAACUCAUUGUGGACAUAUGCUCUGUUAUCGCCAUUGGCUAUCUCAUCAGACAUCGGAAAUCGUUGAAAAAGAAGAUUUGGACCAUUCGUCGUCAACCGUUACACUUGAUUCCGAUGCUGAAGAACAAAAAAAUGUUCCUGAUCUACUCAAAGAAUGUACUAAUCAAGAAGAUCAACACCUAUCUCAAGUACCUUUAUCGAUGAAAAAUUCGAAUUAUUUCGAUGACGAUGAAAGUAAAGAAAUAGUUGCGUUACUUAUUCAGCCAAAAGAAAUUGAAUGGUGGAAUGAAAUAACACCCUGGAAAAACGAUGAAAAUUUCAAUGUAAAUAUAACCGAAGAAUUCAGUGAUGAAGAGUAUGAUUAUAUGGAUCAGAACAAUAGAACGGACGAUUCAGAUUACGAUAUAAAAACUAAACGAAAGGCAACUAAGAAAAAACUCGGCCAAUCAAUGGCCUGCGGUUCAUAUCUCGGCGAAUGUCCACUAACAUUCGAUGGAGCAUUCGGUUUAUUUCAAGACUAUCAUCAACAUCAAUUAUGUGCAAAAUCAAAAGGUUCAACUAAAAAGAUUUGUCUGUAUCAACAUUUCAAUUCGAAACACGGCUUCAAACGUCAAGUCUCGAUCCGUCUGGUAAAAGCAAUGAUUUAUCAACAAGAUCCAUCUACUAGCAAAUUGUUUUCUAUAACAACUGAUACGACAUUGACAUUGUUCGAUCCACUUCAUAAAGUCAAAUGUCCAUUGGCAAUCAACGAUCCUAUUGCAAAUAUGCCAUGUUCAACGCAAGAAAUCACUCGGAAAAGUAUUCGACGACAUUUAUCUGGUGUACAUCGAUUAGAUUCAGAAACUAUUAACAAACUGAUGAAACAAGUCUAUAAAUAG